AUGAAGUUCUUGGCCCUAGUUAUAUCGACCUUUCUGAUCCUGGGUCUGUCAUCCCAGCUGGAGGCUCGCAAGCGAUUCUACUGCCUGUGGAGCACAAAGAGGACCUGCUCCCAGAACACUCCCAGAUGCAUCCGUCUGCAAACUGGAACGAAUAACAAUGCGGCCACCUACACUUGCAAGUACUAUCGCAGCGACUGCCAGUAUCUUUUAGAUAGUUGCAAGGGCGAGACAAGUUUUGGCCUAUUCGGAUCAUCGGUGAAUGUGCAAGACUACUGUGUUACCAAUGGUAUUGCAAUUGGAGGAACUGGAGCCUGUACAUAA